UCCGUCAACACAUGUGUCUCUGAGGGACAGAGGCGGAUGACCGCAUUCACACUCCUCCUGGGCUCUGGCGAACUGCGACUCCACAAGCCAAACAAGCCAACAACAAGAGAGACAAACAACAACAACAACAACAACAACAACAACAGCAACAGCAACAUGCCACGGAGGAAGCAGCAGGCGCCCAGACGGGCUGCGGUGUACAUGCCUGAUGAAGAGGCUGCUCCUCAGGAUUCCAUCACUGAAGAAGAUGCUGAGAAUGACACUCAAACUGAAGAGGACUGUUCAGAAAAGACCAGCCCCAAGGUGUCAGAGGACAAAGAGCUGGACAACAAGAGCACCCACACAUACAGCAACCAGAACUCUCCCAUUAGUGUCCUUUCCAAUCAGGAGGCAGAGCUGGAGUCACGUCUUAGCGACAGCAGUGACAGACUCUCAGAUUUCAAAACCUCCUCGCCACCUGAGAGCCAGAGGGAUGAAGAAAGUUGCAGCUCAAAGCAUAAAGAGGAGAUGGGCAGUAGUUUGGAGAAAAUGAGGGCAGCUUAUGCAAACUUUCUCUCUGACUCUUAUUGGACGGGAAUUGGAAUGGACUUUAAAAUGGGCAGAAAGGCCAGCAAAGCCAACUGUGACAGCACCAAUGGAAGCAGCAAGAGUGAGUUUGACUGGCAUCAGGAUGCACUCUCAAAAACCUUACAACAGACACUCUCCCCAAAACCUGCAUCCAAACCCAACCUCUUUAGCUCUGUCCACCUAUACCGGCAAACUACCAAACCCUGUGGCUCAGUGUUCACAGGAGCCAGCCGUUUUCGAUGUAAGGAUUGUAGUGCAGCUUAUGACACCUUAGUGGAGCUGACUGUCCACAUGAACAAGACAGGUCACUAUCAAGACAACAACCACAAACAGAGUAACUCUACAGCUUCAUCAUCCAAAUCUAGAAAAAGAAAUUUGCAAGAUAUGGAAGGGAAAGAGGAUGCACAGAAGGUUUUGAAAUGCAUGUUCUGUGGCCAUUCUUUUGAUUCGUUGCAGGAUUUGAGUGUCCAUAUGAUUAAAACAAAGCAUUACCAAAAAGUGCCUUUAAAAGAGCCAAUCCCUGUAAUCACACCAAAAUUACUGCCACCAGUGAAGAAACGAGCCUUUGAAACAACAAGACCUUGCUCCCCAGACUCAACCACUGGUGUAUCUAGCCACACUGAGGCACAGCGGACAGCCAACCUUUCAAAUGCUAACAACAAUCGCUAUGGAUAUCAGAAUGGCGCAAGUUAUACUUGGCAAUUUGAAACAUGCAAGUCCCAGAUUCUCAAAUGUAUGGAGUGCGGAAGCUCUCACGACACCCUUCAGCAACUCACCACACAUAUGAUGGUCACUGGACACUUCAUCAAAGUCACAAACUCAGCUUCUAAAAAGGGCAAACAACUAGCACUUGAUCCCCUGGCUGUAGAGAAGAUCCAAGGCAUAGCUGAGCCUGUUGCCAGUGAUAGUGAGGGAGAAAAGGUGUCUCCAAUAAACCCUUCCCCUGGGACCAUUGAGAAGGAUAGCCAGUGGGAAGGAACACCAGACAAAACAGAGGAAACCGAAACUAAAGAAGACAAACAAGAGAGUGAGGAUCAAAAGGCGAGCAAUGGGGCUUUUAAAUACCCAUAUCUCCGUGAAGAGGACCUUGAACAAGAGUCAGGUGGUGGAGGGGACAUUCUUAAAUCUUUGGCCAAUACAGUGGCAUCUGCCAUCAAUAAAGCUCAAACAGGAACACCAAGCUGGAGUGCCUACCCAAGUAUUCAUGCUGCCUACCAGCUAUCUGGCAUCAUAAAAAAUACCCCCCUCUCUGCAUCUCCCCCUACUCAGCUAAAGCAGACAUUUAACCACAAGUUGAGGCCAAUUGCCCCAAAGGGAAAGCUAUACCACAGUACUAUGGGAGUUGAGACUCCCCAGGGAAUACAUCAAAAUGUGGACAUCAAAAAAGAAAAGGAUGGCAUUAGCGAUGGCAAAGAAAGUCAGAAUAUAAAGUUUGAUCUGUUGGAGAAUGAUGACAGCGAUUGUCAGGAUGAUUCCUCUUCCUCUUCAAAGCUCGAUACAGACUGUGUGAAUGAAGAGGGGGAAACGAUCAAAGAGAAGUUAAGCCCAGAUUUCUCUGACAGAGGGAAGACACCGAGCCCUGCUGCCAGCCAUGGACGCAGCACUACAUCAGAACCUCUCAGUGACACUCCAGAUAAUCUCAGUAUAAACCCUCUCAGUGCACUACAGUCAGUUCUGAACAAUCACCUGGGCAAAGCAAACAAGCCCAAUAACUCAAGAGCAGAUAAAAUAUCUGCACAUGCACAGUCUAUUUUUGCUGAUUUUAACCGUAGCAGUGAGAAACCAUCUUCAAUGCUCAGAAGUCCUGUAAGAAAUAGAUCUAAUAAUCCCUUUCUCUUGAUCAGUGAUGACCAGCCAAUAGAUUUAACAAAAUCAAAACACAGCAAGGCAACCUCUUUGCUGCUACAUCCCUCUACACCGAUGUCACAGAAAUAUGCUUUGUCUGACAUUGCAGACAUGGUUAAAGUUCUCCCAAAAGCCACCACACCAAAGCCAUCUAUACCAUCAAGGAUUCCAACCAUGAAGCUUGAAUCUGACGUGCGACGCUUCGAAGAUGUGUCUGCAGAGGUCUACUCCGUCCACAAGCGCAAAGGUAGACAGUCUAACUGGAAUCCUCGACAUCUCCUCAUCCUGCAGGCUCAGUUUGCCUCUAGCCUUUUCCAGACAUCUGAGGGAAAGUAUUUGCUCUCUGACCUUGGCCCCCAGGAACGAAUGCACAUCUCCAAAUUCACUGGAUUGUCAAUGACCACCAUAAGCCACUGGCUAGCAAAUGUAAAAUAUCAACUGCGAAAAACAGGAGGGACCAAAUUUCUAAAGAACAUGGACACAGGCCACCCAGUCUUCUACUGUAAUGACUGCGCCUCCCAGUUUAGGUCACCCACAACAUUCAUUUCCCAUCUGGAAUCCCACCUUGGGUUCCAAAUCAAAGACAUGUGCAAAAUGCCCGUAGAGCACCAAACAAAGAUAGAGGAGCCCGAAAUGUUGAAGGCUCUUAGUGUCAGAGCCACUGAGGCUCUGGCCACAGAUGACGACAUUGACGCAAAGUUCAAAUGUAAGCUCUGCUGUCGGACAUUUGCGAGUAAUCACGCAGUCAAACUCCAUCUGAGUAAAACUCACAGCAAAUCCCCAGAUAACCAUUCACAAUAUGUUGAAAUGGACAAGGAGUAGGGGUUCAUUCUGUUACUUUGGCCAUUCUUUUCCUUUUCUUCCUUUUUCAAUUUAAUACACGGGUCAGAUAUUUCAACCAGUUUUCAGUUAGCAUUGUGUAGUGUGCAUCAUCAUGACUUUAAAACAAAUGUUGGCAUACAGCAAAGACACUGGUUAGAAGCAGUGUGAGCAAACACUAAGAGAUCCUUUUGCACCCCGCUCAAAUGCACCACCAGUAAUGAAAUGUAUUACUGCUUGAAGAAAAAUUAUUGCUGAUGUUUGCAUGCAAUAACCCUGGCUAUGACUACUAUUUAUUUGUAUAUGUCAAGUUUCAAUUGUAUUUUAAGGACAAAAUAAUGAACUAAUUGAACCACUUGUAUGACCUCUGUGAUGCAGUACAUCUGCACAGAUGUGCAGCUGUUAAAGCAGGCGGCCUGAAACAUGAGAACACACACGCAGACCUGUACAGUAUAUCUCCAUGUAAAAAUGUUUUGUGUUGCUAUGAUAGAAGAAAAAAAAAAGCACUUUAAUAAAUGUUUAAUCACCAGUUUAGAUGCAGAUUCUGUACAUGGCUCAAAAACAAUUAGAUGAUUUGAAAACAAGGAUAUUUCACUUGUAAAUAUAUUUUAGAAGAAAAAAAACUGUUUCAUGCAACAACAAGAACAAAACAGAUAAUACCUGUGAUCCCUGCACCUUUUUCUACUUAUUCCAAUAAAGAGUUAACAUU